AAGUCCUAAUGUGUGCUAUUUUCCUUUUCUUAAACUGUCAAAUAUAGAUUCACUGGUCUACGAGAUGAUCUCACAUGCCUUCUUGAUGAAGAUUUAUCUUCAAUGAGUCUCUGUGCGCUGCAUUGUGAGAUGCGAAAUACAGAACAGCUAUUGAAAAGUAUUGGCCUGCUCGCUCACAAGAUUGGCUCCCUGCAAGAGUGCAAUGAGGAACUUUCCCAAUACGGCCCCUCAAAUUUUAAGGGGGAUAGAAUCUCUGUUAAACUUAAGCAGGGGCAACAAACUGCUGCUGGGAGACACAACUUUUCUGUUGCUUCAUUCUCAGGCAGCACUGAGAGAAAAAUUCUUUCAUCCCUUGAGGAAAUUGUGGAAAAGUCAUUGCCUACAGACAAAAUGAUAGCCCACUAUGAUGACCCUGAAGCAGCAAAGCUAUGUAUUCUGAACAAGAUAACAUUCUGUGAGGCACGUCAAAAGUAUUUCAAGGAAAUGCUAGACAGUGGUAUUUUUAUCCGGGAUUUUGGAACAAAGUUGGAAGAGAUUCAGUUAAAAGAUUCAGCUGUUGAAAAGGAGUUAAAAUCAAGGCUGGAAUGGUGGAAAGAAAAGCAGGUUGAAAUUGAGAAUGAAUUUAAAGUAAUUCAUUCUCAAUUUCAACCUGUUGUGUACCAAGCUCAGGACAAAAUGCCAAAAGGCAAGCAUAACAGGGGGAAGGAGAAAGUUAGCUAUCACAACCAUGCUCUUAGUUCAUAUGCAGCCAUGCUAACAGUGGAAUUUUUAGUGAAGGUGAGUUUAAUCAAUUCCUCAAAAAUCUGAUAAAUUAUUAUAGGCCAAGCUUAAACUACCUUGUUGGCACUGAGCAUACAGCUAUUGGAUGGAGAGGUUGACUUUAUAAGGGCAACUUUAAGGUUCUGACAUAAAAGGCAUUGUACCAUAUAUUGCCCUUGUAAUUUAAUAACAAGUUUCCUAUUUUAAAGUAUGAUUGCCUUGGGUUUAAUUUCUCUGUGUUACAGAUGCUCACACAUUGUACAUCAUGCACUCUUUAGCUUGGUUUAAAAAAUUAUAUAUGCUUGAAUGACUAUGAGAAGAACUGGGAACUCCAGGCUGUGACAGUUUUGAUCACCAUGGUGGUUUGUUGACCUGUGUUCAGGGGCCAUGUGCCUUUUAGUAUAGUC